CAUAUAUCGUGUUAUCCUUAUCUAAUUUUAUUCGACCGGUCUGUUUUAGUCUGUCUUCGGUUGAAUCUUGGGGUUGGCACAUAGGCGCAGGCGAGUUUCAACCAACCUCUCGACACCGGUAGAAUCCGCGAGAAAAAAGAAAGAGUACUUGUGUGUAUCACAGCUUGAAAGUAAAAAUCAGAAUAAGAACGAUGGCGGCAGUCGACUGUUAUCAGACUCAAAUGGAUACAUCGAAUUCAUCUGGUCCUAAUCAAUCCUCAAAUGAUAACUCUCAGGAAAAUCAACAAAAAAAUGGGACAAAUCAACAAAUUCAGCAAAAAAAUCAACAGGCUACUGCAGGUAUACCAGGCAUGGAUGAUGAACGAAAGCUUUUCGUUGGUGGACUUUCACGUCGUACAACUGACAAAGAACUUCGAGAGCACUUUGAGCAAUUCGGUGAAAUCGAAAGCAUAACUGUUAAAAUGGAUCAACAUACCGGUAUUUCUAGAGGCUUUGCUUUUAUGGUUUUUACAAAUCCGAAGACUAUUGAUAAACUUUUAGCUUCUGGAGAGCAUUAUAUCAACGAGCGUAAGGUGGAUCCGAAACGUGUAAGCAAAAAAUCACAACAUGGAAAAAUAUUUGUUGGCGGACUAACUCCAGAUAUGACAGACGAUGAUAUCAAAGCUUAUUUCAAUCAAUUUGGAACGGUAGUUGAACUUCAGGCCCCAUUUGAUAAAACAAAAAAUCAAAGGAAAGGAUUCUGUUUCAUUACAUUUGAUUCAAAAGAUGUUGUAUACAAAUUGCUAAAAGCUCCUAAACAAACAAUUAAUGGAAAAGAAGUAGAUGUCAAGAAAGUCAAAGUUAAUCCAGACAUGAACCGCCAAGGAUACUGGGGCUUCGGAUAUGGGUAUGGAUAUGGCGGUGGUUAUGGUUAUUUUCCUGAAUAUAUUAAUGGUUAUCAAGGUGGAUAUGAUGAUAGUUACAGUAAUUAUGACAGUUAUCCUGGAUAUGAUAAUUUUGACAGUCAUCCUGGCUACCAAACAGUAAAACCACGAGGUGGACCUCGACAGUUCCAGAGACACCAACCAUAUUAAUUAUUAUUUUAAUUAAUAAACACAAUGAUUGAACAUAAAAGAAACAAAAAAAUUUUUUAAUUGUUUAUAAAUCAGAAGAUAACAGAAGUGCAAUUGGAUAUUAAUUGAAAUAAAAAUUUGGAUAUACAAAACGUUUAAAUUCAGAAAUGAAGAAUUUUCAUUAAAAAAAUAAAGUAAGUUGGUUCUACUUUCAAUUAUACAAAGUAAACUUAUUAAAAAAUUAUUAAAAGGUCCUAACGUAUGUUACAAUUAUAAU